UCAGCUCUUAAAGCCACAAAUUCGUCCUUUUGGGUUUAUUCUCCAACAGCACAAAUCCAACUUCUUCUUCUCUCUCCUCUCUCUCUCUCUCUCUCUCUCUCACCCCAUUUCCUCCUCCCCGUUCGUCUGAUUCCAAUCCUCCAUUUUGGCGCUGUUGGUGGGAGGGGGAGUCGGCAGAAAUGGCAACUCCAAAUAUGGCCACAAUCACCGCGUCCUUAGAGAGAUCCCUUCAGAACUGCUCCUUGAACCACCAACACAGCAGCAGUAGCAGUAGUAGCAGCAGCACCGCCGCCCCCGGCCCAGAUUCACCGCAGAAUCUGGCGGCCGAAGCCCCCUCCCUGGAACUCAAUUCGCAGGCCUCACUCCCUUUCCAUUGGGAGCAAUGCCUCGAUUUAAAGACGGGUGAAAUAUACUACAUAAAUUGGAGGACAGGCAUGAAAGCAAAGGAGGAUCCGCGGGCCACGGCGGAGUACGGCGGCGGAUACUACUCAGAGGAGGACAGCAGCUCGUAUGACAGUGAAGGGUCGUCGUCGGAAUCGUCUCCUUCGUCGUCAAGAGAGCAAUGGAGUGGUAAUAACAACAAUAGUAACAAUAAUCAAGAAAACUGUUAUUAUCAAGAAAAGCAUGAAAAUGAGGAAAACAACAGCAAUAAUUCGAGUAAUGUGCUGGUGGUGGCUGGAUGCAAGAGCUGCUUGAUGUACUACAUGGUGCCCAAACAGCUCGAAAUUUGCCCCAAAUGUUGUGGUCAACUCCUGCACUUUGAUCGAUCCGAAAAUGGCUCCUCCUGAAUCUUUUUGUUUUGGGGAAUUUUUCUUUUUUCUUUUUUUUGUAAUU